AUCGUAUUUGUCGGCCAUUGAAAGAACACGAUAUCGGACAUUCGUAUAAUUGACAGGUUGUCAGCAGACGUUACCAAUAAUAGGCGGAAGAACUUUUUCUGUAGCAGUGGUCGGCAACAAUAAUUUAUUGUUACUGUUGCGAAAUACCAGAAUGAGUAACAAGCGCUCGUUUAUUUGUAUAAGUGCGCUCUUGGCUCGUGAGUUUUGUCGGAAUUGCUUGUUAAAUGAAUAAAAUGUUCGGUUCGAUUUGCGAAAGACAGUUGAAAGAAUAUGUAAAUUAGCCUCUUGUCAGUACGUCUGUUAGUGUUUAAUGGAACAUGACAUAAGUGGAGUUAUUUAAAAAUACCGCUUCUUUAUGAUUCAGGCGGACUCUAUCAGUAGCGCUUGCAUCGCCGCUGGAUUUAACGGAUCGAAUUCGUACACAAGUCAAGUUUCAAAGAGUAAGAAAACGCUGUAUAUAGCUACGAAAGCCUGGCGAGGCUUGUAAAUGCCCGGUUACCGUGCUAGAUAGAUUAUUUGCACUCAUGAAGGCGAUAUCACCGUCUUGAAGAAAACCGUGUAUGAAGGGUGUUGUUGGGCCGCACUCACUGCGCUGAGUUAUUAAUGAAAAUGACGGAAUAUAAGUUGGUUGUUGUGGGAGGUACGAAGGCCUGACGGAUGCGGUCAUCAAUGCACAGCGUGUACACCAGGGCUUGAAGGAGUGGCUUUAGCACUGCUGAAAAAUGCACCGUCAACAAGCUCACGGCAUGUUGUAUGGGAAAUGGGUCUGGAGGUGUUGGGAAGAGUGCCUUGACAAUUCAACUUAUCCAGAAUCAUUUUGUGGAUGAAUAUGAUCCUACAAUAGAGGAUUCGUACAGAAAACAAGUUGUAAUUGAUGGUGAAACAUGUCUCUUGGAUAUUUUGGACACAGCUGGUCAAGAAGAAUACAGUGCAAUGCGAGAUCAGUACAUGAGAACAGGAGAAGGCUUCUUACUGGUAUUUGCUGUAAAUAAUGCCAAGUCUUUCGAAGAUAUCAGUAUGUACAGGGAACAGAUAAAGAGGGUGAAAGAUGCUGAGGAGGUACCAAUGGUUUUAGUUGGAAAUAAAUGUGAUCUCCCAACUCGGGCUGUUGAUAUAAGCCAAGCACAGGAGGUUGCCCGGCAGUAUAUGAUACCAUUUGUUGAAACCUCAGCCAAAACGCGACUUGGUGUUGACGACGCCUUUUAUACUCUUGUCAGAGAAAUCCGGAAGGAUAAAGAGCAUAGAGGGAAAGACAAAAGAAAAAGAGUGCGAAUAAGUUACAGGAGGAGACAAUGUUGUUUACUAUAAUGUACCAUACAAAAUGUGAGAAUAGAUUUCUCAAUCAGUGUUGAAUGAGUGGUUCACAAAUAGCACCAUAGUACAAGAAGUUGACAGCAAUUCAAUUUGAAUUAUAAGGUGCAUGGAAAGAGUGGUCGGAGUGGACGAUACCUGCAGUUCAAUUCCACAUUCCAUUUUGGUACAUAUGUAACAACAAAGAGUGCCAGUGGAAAACAAACAGUAUUCUUCCUUGCAAGUAUCGCACAAAAGAUUUUAUUUUUAUUUAGUGUUGCAAGUUUGGAGGCUAUAUGUACGUGAAAUACUUCGUUGAACAGUGGCACAUUGAGUGUUUUCACUCAGUAUUUGUAAUAAUGUUGAAAGUAAGUUUGUUAUUUUUUAAAUAAAUUUUAUCUAUUAAAAUGAAAAAAUUAGAAGAGGUUUUUCAUAUAUCAAAGAACUUAACUCGCAUGAUUGUGCUUCAGGAACUUAAUUCACAUGUACAGUCCCGAGUGCUGACAAAACAGUAUUCCUUGAAGCAUUUAUUUCAUACAGGUUUAUUAUAGUAAUGUCUCUCUAACUUGAUCAGAUCUAAGACUAAAGCAUUUCAUCACUGAAUAUAAAAAAAGCUGCUGUAUUUAAAUUUUCUGUCUCAGACACCAAAGUAGUAAGAUUCCUUAUAAGCAGUCUUGUCACUGAAUUUAUAUUAAACAUUUAGGCUAAUGCUCAAAUUCAGUAUUUAGACACAAUUCAGUGUCUUUAAAGUUCUCUAUUUUUAGGGGUAAGUUACCCACUUGAAAUUGCCUGUGUCAUUUGAGCAAAAAGUGUGGCAUCUUGUAAGCCAUGGUCUGUUUAAAUAUUUAAAUAAUUUGCAAUAUUUUUCACAUAUCUUUAUCAUAAAUCUCUUCAUGUAUGCCUUACGUGUAUCGUAAAUUUUAUGGAAUAUCUUUUGAUGGUUUUUGAAAUGAGUAUGAAAGUGUAUGUACAUUAUAAAGUGUUGUUGAUAAAAUUUCUGCAGAAGUACCUCAAAAUGAAAUAAAGUUUUUAUUUUACUGAUA